AUGGAAGACCAAGAACAAUCGCCAGGGUGUGGCUUGAUAUCGCACGACCGCGCUCCGGCAGAUGAAGGAGCACAGGCUGUCUCCGAUCAUAUCUUCGAAUUCAGCGACGAAGAGUUUGAUGAGUCGGAAGACGCUGUGUCUCUAAGGUCGAUGUUGCCCAGCUCGAUACCAACGGACUCUCCUGCCGUCUCUUCAAAUACAGUUACCCCGGAGAGCUCAACGGUGCCUACCUGUACUUCCGCAUCAACAGAAACGUCAUCGGCUUUCAAUGGCGAUGGAGAAGCCACGCCUCCUAGUGGGGACUGGGAUGGCAGCCUUGAACCUUCGAGGUCGGAUGACGGCAGCCCUGCUCACGAUCUUCAAGGAGGUGACAGUGAUGAAGAGGAUGGAGAGGGUUGUAGGUUCGUAGAUGCGCUGGAGUAUAUAGGUUCUUGGUGA